UGACAGUCACGCACAUCAGCUGUGCCGACAUUCAUAAAGCCAAGAGAUUUGUGAUCCGCAGGUGAUCCAAUCCAAGGCCUUUAAUGGUUCUUGGGGAUCUCAGUGGGCCUACGUGUACCUUGAUGAAUUUCACCAAGAUCAUCUCCGAUUGCCCCUCCAGGGGGGCGUCGUUAUAUAAGACCCGCUCCCCAGUUGGCCCCUAAACAGUCCCGCCGAGAUCACGAAUGUCGUAGUAACUGGGCAAAAUGUCGACGCAGCAACAGCAGAUGGACUACAUCGAGCGGAAUCUCGUUUACGAGAUCUUCAAAUACUUCGGAUCGGGAGUUUCUUUGGCGGGCCACCGAGUGGAGUGCUCCAACGGGCUGGACGGAUUCAUGUCCGCCCUGUACACGGUGGAGUUGGAUCUGGUGGUCGCCGAGCGCCAGCGGACGGAGGUCGUCUUGGUCAAGUUCAUGAAGGGCACGGAAGAGUUCCGCGAGCAGAGCAACUCGUACAUUCAGUUCGCCAACGAGGUGUUCGCCUACGCCGAGAUCCUGCCCGCCUACGAGCACCUGCUGAGGACGAGUCACCUGGCCAGCGAGGUGGUGACGAACUGGAUGCCGCGCUGCUACUUUGCCAAGUUCGGAUUGGUCAAUGGCCUCGGGAGCGGUCGCGAAUCUGUCCUAGCACUGAAGCAUCUCAAGGGCGAUGGCUACCAGCUGGGCCCGCGGCUAAUCCUCCGCCGUGAUCAACUGGAGGCCAUGGUCGGCCUCAUUGGGCCCUUUCAUGCCCUGGGCUAUGCCACACGAAUACUCCAGCCGCAGGUUUAUGCCCGCCUGCGUGCGGGUGUGCUGGACAUGCCCUUUGUCUCCAGUUCGGGCAAGGCCGGCUUCGAUGUGCUCUAUCGCGUCGCCUUCGAUCGCUUCUACGAGUUCUACGACCGGCAGAGGGAGCAGCUCCUCCAGGACUCGGAUGCUGGCCUAGACGCCGCCAUCGAGCGUCUGCGCGAAAAGUACUUCGCCAAUCCCACGCAUCUGCUGGAGAGGAUUCGCACCACAUCCUAUGCCGACGAUCAGCCGGAUAGUUACUUCGCCACAUUCCAGCAUGGAGACUACAAUCGUAACAAUGUGCUCUUCCACUACGGCGACGAUGGCCAGGUGGAUGCCAUCAAGACCAUCGAUUUCCAGGAGCUGCGCUUCAGCACCACGGCCAUUGACCUCAGCUUCUUCAUGUACAUGAACACGCCUUCGCAGGAAAGGGAGGAGAUCUUCGCGGAUCUGCUGGGGAAGUACCACAAGCACAUGAUUGAAAUGCUUGAGCUGGUGCUGCAUCGCAACCGGGAUGGGUUGAGCGACGAGCGGGUGGAGCAGCUCCUGGCGGAUUAUAGCUUUGAUCGCUUCGAGGCCCACUUCAAGCGAUAUGCCUUUUACGGGGUCAUGGUCUGCAUGCACUUCAUGCCAUGGAUUCUGGGCAGCGAGGCGGACUGUGCCGAGUUGUCCCGCCUCUUCGACACGGACAUGCAUGGCCAGGCCUGCUAUCAACUGUCGCUGGAGAUCGGCGGUGACGUGGCCAACGAGGAGAUCUUCAAGACGGUGCGUCACGCCUACAAGCAUGGCUACAUGGACGAGAUAUAG